AUGGCCAGGGGCAAGCGCAGACAUAUUCCCCUUUGGGUGAACCCCUUUGGGGUGUGCGCGCGGACGAGCUCUCGUUUGUUCGACAAUCAAGGAAAGAGUUCGACAAUCGAGGAAAAGGAAUUCGCCGAUCAAGGAACUUUCACGCGUUUUGAUGGGAAGGUUGAUGCGACUAGGCGUGGGGCGCCUCAGCGUACCCCUUUGGGGCAGGGGGCGGAGUCCGCGACGUGGCUGUCAUGGCUGGUACCCCUUUGGGUGCGGGUUCGGGACAUAGGGCGGGCAUCACCUUCCACGAACCCUGCGUUGACAGGCUUCCCGCGCCCCCUCGCUCAUUUGGGAAGGUCGCAGCGCGCUGUACGUCAAUGGAACUGGGCUGUCGAUACCUUGUCCUCCAUGCUUGAAGCUGAUGUCAAGCGACGUCAAGUUCGGAAAGCUUGCCAGUCGAGUAAACGUCAAUGCCUCUGCGUGUGGGCCCGACUCGAAGACGAUAUGGAGUGCUUGGAGACGGUCAUGCUGGAUUCUGGUGCAUGUGUUUAG